GCUGAGUGAAAGAGUAAUCACAUUUACAAAUAAAAUACCCAAAAACAGUGAGACUGAUACCCAGCCUGCCUCGCCGCAUACCGUCGCAAGCCGACCGGUCACAGCGCCUCUUCUGCUCAAUAGUCAGCAGGCAAAAACCCUUGUAAGGCUCUACAAACUUUGAUGCUAACCGCACCAUCUCCGACAUGGCAGCCGCUUCCAUCUGUAGGAAUUUUCGGCAGCGCGUAAUCCCCUCAAAGAGGAUCCCGCACUCAUCCCUACUCUCCACCUCUGCACCUGCCUUCUCCACUCUUCCUCUAAGAGACCAAGAGGAAAUACGCAGGUCGACAUGGUCAAAGCUGUUCCUUUUCAUACCGGGGGCCAUCACUUUUGGUCUUGGCACUUGGCAAAUCUUCAGAAGACAAGACAAGAUAAAGUUGCUCGAUUACAGGCAGAGUAGACUUGCAAAUGAACCUCUUAAGGCCAAUGAGAUUGUGGCUUCUACUCAGAGCACGGAUUCACUGGAGUUCAGGAAAGUGCAGUGUAAAGGGGUUUUUGAUGAGAAGAAGUCUAUCUAUGUAGGCCCACGUUCCAGGAGCAUUUCUGGUGUGACUGAAAAUGGAUACUAUGUGAUAACUCCUCUUAUUCCACUCCCUGGUGAUCCUGAAAGUAUACAAUCACCUAUACUGGUAAAUAGAGGAUGGGUUCCGCGGAGUUGGAGGGACAAGGCUUUAAACUCUUUUGAAGAUGAACCUCAGAAUAGUAGCACACCCACCUCAACUGAAGAGAGUCCUACCACGUCCUGGUGGCGUUUUGGGUCUGUUAAGCGUAAAGAUCUAGAGGUUGAGCAUGUUCCAUCUGUCAUCCCUGUUGAAGUCAUUGGUGUUAUACGUGGCAGUGAGAAGCCGAGCAAUUUUGUUCCCUCAAAUGAUCCUAAUGCCGCCCAGUGGUUUUAUGUGGAUGUUCCAGCGCUUGCUGAUGCUUGUGGACUUCCAGAAAGAACACUCUAUAUUGAAGAGAUCAGUGAGCAUGUUAAUCCCCGAAGUCCAUAUCCCAUACAAAAGGAUCAUCAUAUGCUAAUUCAAACCUCUAGGAUGCCGCAAGACCAUCUUAAUUACGUACUGACAUGGUACACUCUUUCAGCUGCAGUUACUAUCAUGGCUAUUCAGAGAGUCAAACCAAGGAGGAGCAGAAGAUAGCGCACCAUUUUCAUUAUUGUCCGCACCCUAAAACCUUGGCAAAUGGUGCUUUGUACUUUGUUGCCCAAACACACAGAAACACCAGUAUGAUAGUAUGAUAUUACUGCUGCUUGCUGCAGUUGGUGGAAUAAAUUUGAGAAGCAGCAAAUAGGCGAUAAAGAUCCUGCAAGAUUUAAGUUGCAAGUUUUGUUUCCAUUGUCAAUUGGCUGAUAAAAGCUUUGCCAUGGAUGUUUCCAGUCUUAAUACAUCACUAACAUAUAUAGUUUUGAAUCUUUUGGUGAA